AUGGAUUCAACAAACGAAAAUGCAACACCAAUGGACAGCGGUAUUACACCAGAAAUGAGCGAAGAAGCAAAACUAAAAGCGAAAUAUGGCGGUGCAUUGCCUCGACAACAAAAACUGUUAACGAGAAAACUAAUGACGAAACCAAAAUAUUUCGACUCUGGUGAUUAUAAUGUCGCUAAAGCUCAAGGUAAAUUAGACGCUAGUAAACCCGAUCCAACAACAAAAAUAGCUAACGAUAAAGAAGUCCCAUCGCUGAAUGUUCCUGAAACAGUUACUGGACAUGAAAUUCCAACACCCGAAACCGUUAUGCCAAGAAAGCUGUCGUGUGCAGCAACAAUGACGCCAACAUCAGCGCAGUAG